AUCUCGGAUCACGGGUUUGUUUGCCAUCUUCUUUCCCCUUCCUUAUAUUUCCAAUAACCAGAGCAACAAUCAUGACCUUCAAUGGCGAUCACAAACGCCUCUUCUCUGCUAAAAUGCGCCACUACCAUGGCUUUUCCCUCUGCAGCCGUUCUUCUCUCACGGCAUCCUCCUUCCGCUCUUCAAUUCACUCUUCCUUCUCAUCACCUCAUCCUCAAUUCCACCAAUUUCACUUCUCUCACUCCAGUUUCCGCCGCAUCAAAUGAUUCUGUUCGUACCUCGGAUCAUCAUCAGGUAGUUGAAACUGUCUCGGAUGAACGAGAUUUUGCAGGCACGCCACAUGUUCCGGUUUAUGUUAUGCUACCAUUGGGGAUGAUUAACCUGGAGUGUGAGCUGGUUGAUGUUGAUGAUCUUAGAGAUCAGUUAAGAACGCUGAAGUCGAUUAAUGUUGAUGGUGUAAUGGUUGAUACAUGGUGGGGGAUUGUAGAGGCUAACGAGCCUCAACGGUAUAACUGGAAAGGCUACAAGCAACUCUUUUCGAUAGUGCGUGAAUUGGAUCUUAAGUUACAGGUUGUAAUGUCGUUUCAUGAAUGUGGAGGUAAUGUUGGUGACGAUGUUCAUAUUCCAUUGCCUAAAUGGAUACGAGACAUUGGUCAAGAAAAUCCGGAUAUUUAUUUCACUGAUAGAGAUGGAAGGCGAAACUCCGAAGGCCUUACUUGGGGAAUCGAUAAGGAACGUGUUUUGAGAGGCCGUACUGCUGUUGAGGUAUACUUUGAGUAUAUGAGAAGCUUUCGGGUUGAAUUUGAUGAAUUCUUCCAGGAUGGGAGCAUUACCGAGAUUGAAAUCGGUUUAGGUGCUUGUGGAGAAUUGCGUUACCCUUCUUACCCUGCGAAACAUGGUUGGGAAUAUCCUGGUAUUGGUGAAUUCCAGUGCUAUGAUAAAUACCUAAGAAAGUGUCUUGAGAAAGCUGCAGAAGCAAGAGGACACUCGUUUUGGGGUAGACCACCUGAUAAUGCAGGCUCUUAUAACUCCCAGCCUCAGGAUACCAGAUUCUUUUGUGACGGUGGUGAAUACGAUAGCGCGUACGGCAGAUUUUUUCUAAAAUGGUACUCCCAGUAUCUCAUUGAUCAUGGUGAUAGAGUACUAUCUAUGGCCAAUUUAGCCUUCGAAGACACUCCCAUUGCUGUAAAGUUAUCAGGUAUCCAUUGGUGGUACAAAACCGCCAGCCAUGCGGCUGAACUGACAGCUGGAUUCUACAACCGGGCCAACCGUGAUGGCUAUGCUCCAAUUGUGUCGAUGUUAAAGAAGCAUGAAACUGCUUUAAACUUUACAUGUGUUGAAUUGCGUACGUUGGACCAGCAAGAGGGCUUUCCGGAAGCAAUGGUUGACCCUGAAGGGUUAGUUUGGCAGGUACUGAAUGCUGCAUGGGAUGCCGAUAUACCAGUUGCAAGUGAAAAUGCACUUCCAUGCUAUGAUAGACAAGGGUAUAACAAGAUAUUAGAACAUGCAAAACCGAGAAAUGAUCCAGAUGGUAGACAUUUAUCUGCUUUUACCUACCUUAGGCUCAAUCAAGCUCUCCUUGAAGAACAUAACUUGAGGGAAUUUCAACUAUUUGUCAAGAGAAUGCAUGGUGAAGCUGUGGAGGAUCUUUAAGACUUGAUCCAACUUACCUGGUAAACUACACCUUAAUGGUAGAUUGGUAUGCUAUGUAAAAGCUGAAAUCUUUUUGAAAUUCUUAAGUAAGGUCCUUUGAAUAUGAACCCUGUGUCCAUUUACAAUCAGUGACAAAUCGGAAGUGUCGUUGAUAUUGAUUUCCA